GAAUUCUUUAGUGAUAUAAAACUACAUAAUACCGCCACGUUGGUUCCUUUCUUUCAUUUACCAUUCACAUUUAAGACGGCGUCCUCCAUACUUCAUUUCAUUGAUCUAUCUCACGCAAAGCCCAGUCUAACUAUGGAGGACGAAUUUUGUAAAAAGGUUGACCUAAACCUCAGUAUAAACAUCAACCUCCUGGCAGAUGCUCCUCAAGGUCAUCCUCGUCUCCUCAAUGUCAAAAAGCCUCAAAAAAAUCCUAUCGCCCCAAAAAUCGAGAAGCACAAAUCAAGGCGGAUUGAAUUCCCAGAAGGUUUGUCUUUGGUCGAUGUCCUGGUAACUAUACUCUUCGACUGGAAGCCGGCAGCACUUCAUCACCUCCUUAACGUCGAAGAUGAACAAUUUUAUUGUGCAGCUAAAUUGGAACGCACUUUAAGAUAUGAAUCGUGGGAUAGAUUCAUCGUAAACCGCUUGGCCAGUAUGUUCGAAUUGUAACUGUGGGAAUUGUUCCGGGUACAGAGGUGUCUUAUCGUAUUUGCAAUAAUAAAAAAUGGGAGAUUAUAAGCGCCCGAAACUACGACACCGACAAAAAUUGCACGUACUUGGUUCCUUCAGACCCCUUAAAGAAAUGUGCCUGCGAACAGAUUGAGAAGAAAAUGGCUCAGCUUAUAUUUCAAAAAAUUUUGGUCGAUGUUGUACUCCAAGAUAGGAUCUUUCCAGUUUUGAUCUACGAGCCUGAAGCUAAGAGUAAGAAGGGGAAGGAAUCUAAAGGAUGUACUACAAGUGAACCCAACGAUGUCGAGCUGGAGCCAAAUACUGGGAGCAGCUCUGAUAUUCUGAUGGAAGGAAACCUAAAUGCAAAGGUCGCCGAGCUCGAAGCCCAGGUAUCGGCACUGCAGAAAUCGAUCAAGGAGCUGACUGGUCCAGCAAGAAAGAGGCGUCGGGAAGAUUAACUGGAGAGUGUUCAGAACAUCAAUUUAGAGCGGGAAUAGUGUCUAAGUUGUACCAUGUAGCCAUAAUUGAGCAGUGAUAUGAACGUGCAUGGUCCA